ACAAUCAUUUUAUAACAAAUUUUGUACCAAAUUUGUCAUCACGCUGGUUCUGUGUUGUACCUCGCUUAACAUAAACCCUCAAAACUCACAAUUCUUGAAUCUUGAUCAUACAUACAUACACCCAGCUUUUUAAAACCCUAAAAUCCCAGACUGAAUCGAAAUGCAGAGAUUGUUGUGUAUGAGAUUGCUGGCAAAGAAGAAACCCAGCACUAAUCUCCCAUGCUACACAUCAAAAGCAAACCCAAUUCACCCACAAAAUGCUAUGGUGUCUCAUUUCUCCACUACAAAUUCAGGCUUCAACUUUUAUGGGCUUCUUGCAAACCAGUUUUCGCGAAAAUCAAGUGCCCUUUUCAAAGCUCCAGCUGAAGGGCUUGUUCAUUUCAAGAGGGUUUUUUCAAGAAGUUACUUUUUGCAGAAAAAAUCUGGCCUCAAUGUAUCAUCUUUCAAGUUCUUUAGCCAGGGCAGGAGAUGGAUUCAAAGGCUUGAUUCUGAUCAUGUGGUUGUUGGCUUGAUAGCAGCUAAUGUAGUUGUAUUUCUUCUGUGGCGGUCUGCUGAUCCUCGAUUCAUGGCGAAUAACUUCAUGAUUUCUUUGGACAAUUUUAAAAGUGGACGGGUCCACACGAUGAUAACUUCUGCAUUCAGUCAUAUGGAUGCUGGACAUAUAAUUUCAAACAUGAUUGGUUUGUACUUCUUUGGGAAUAGUAUUGGAAGCGCUUUUGGACCAGAAUUUCUUCUGAAGCUGUAUCUUGCGGGGGCACUUGCUGGCUCAGUUUUCUACUUGGUUUACCAUGCCUUUUUAAUCCCAUCAAAGAGUAAUCAGGUGUCGGGCAGGAGUCCUUCAAGUAUUCCAGGAUUGGGGGCAAGUGGAGCUGUGAAUGCUAUCAUGCUACUCGAUAUAUUCUUAAACCCAAAAAAGACUAUAUUUUUUGAAAUGAUCAUACCAGUUCCUGCAAUCCUAGUAGGAAUAUUUCUAAUCGGAAAGGACAUGUUGAGGAUCAUAGAGGGUGAUUCACGAGUUUCUGGAUCAGCACAUUUGGGCGGGGCUGCAGUUGCUGCCUUGGCAUGGGCACGCUAUAGGAGAGGUCGUUUUUACUGAGUAUCAUGGAGGUUAUAGUUCUGACAAAUGUAGGUGUUACCGUAAGAAUUCCUUCUCUGGUUUCAUGGAUGGGGAUUCAUAUCCUAAAGCUUAGCCAUAGGGGCACUAGUUGGUAUACAAUGAUUCGCAAAUGGUUCCAUUAAGAACCCGUUAUAAAUAUUAGUUAUGAGUAGCUUAUGACUCGUUGCUUUAAAUUAUCUUUUAUAAACUUAUUAUUUAUUGUAAUUAUAAUUAUGUCUUUUAAUCCGAUUACAUCAUCAUCAUCUUACUUAUA